GCCUCACGUUCACCAGCUCCGCCCUGCGGCCUGCCCCCCCCAUGCGGCGUCCUGUGGUGCCCGUUGCCGGGGGCGGGGUGGGCGCCGUCUUCCCACUCUGCCCCCCCCCCCCCCCCCCGCCACCUUCCGUGACGUGGGGUCUUGAGGCCUGGCGGGACUCCGAGUGGGGAGCAGGGGACGGCGGGCCCGGGGAAUGGGGCGGUGCCGGUAGCCCCGCAGUGGCUGGGAAGCGGAAGGAAGGGGCUCUGUGCGGCCUACCCCCCCUCCUCCCCCCCGCCAUGCCCGUGUGGGGAUGCACCCGCCUCCCGCACGGCUCCCCGCCCCGAUGCGCCGCCCCCUCAGUGGAAGCGGGCCCGGCGGGUCGGGAAGGGUACCCGCUGGCUCUGCGCUGCUCUCGGCAGAGCCCGCUGUAGGGCUGAACGGGCUUCGGGGAAGAAGACGAGUGCGGAAGAAACAUCGGAAACAUGCCGAUUUAUUUUGCACAUUCCAAGUGAGGAGAGAGACAAUGCAAUCAGAGUGUGUUUUCAGAUUGAACUUGCCCAUUGGUUUUACUUGGACUUCUACAUGCAAAACACACCAGGAUUACCUCAGUGUGGGAUAAGAGACUUUGCUAAAGCUGUCUUCAAUCACUGCCCUUUUUUACUGCCUCAAGGUGAAGACGUACAAAAGGUUUUAGAGGAGUGGAAAGAAUACAAAAUGGGAGUGCCAACCUAUGGUGCAAUUAUUCUUGAUGAGACACUUGAAAAUGUUCUUUUGGUUCAGGGCUAUUUAGCAAAGUCUGGUUGGGGAUUUCCAAAAGGGAAAGUAAAUAAAGAAGAGGCUCCUCAUGACUGCGCUGCUAGAGAGGUGUUUGAGGAAACUGGCUUUGACAUAAAAGAUUAUAUCUGCAAAGAAGAAUACAUCGAGCUGCGAAUUAAUGAUCAAUUAGCACGGCUGUACAUCAUUCCAGGAGUUCCCAAGAACACAAAAUUCAACCCCAAAACUAGGAGGGAAAUUCGGAAUAUUGAGUGGUUUUCCAUCGACAAAUUACCAUGCCACAGAAAUGACAUGACCCCGAAGUCCAAGCUGGGUUUGGCACCUAACAAAUUUUUUAUGGCAAUUCCCUUCAUCAGGCCAUUGAGGGAAUGGAUUUCCCGAAGGAAUGGAGAUUCCACAGAUAGUGACAAUGGGUGUUCAUCUACGGGGAGCACAUCCUCUAAGCCCAACUUGGAAAAAGCUAGAUCCAAACUUCGCUGUAGUCAGCAGGUGUUUACAGAUGGCUCUUCAGGAGAGCAGUGUGUGAAGUCAAAACAGCCACAGAAGCCAUAUAAUCAUCCUGAGAUGUCUGAAGCUUUGAAAAUAAAGAGUCAGAGCUUGAGAAGCAAUGGCAGAAAGCAGCAUCAAGACACUUCCACCCAAAAGAAGCGAACAAACGGAGUCCACAGUCAACCAUUUAAGCAAAACCAUACCUUGAAAUGUGAAAAAAAGCUUAAUGUGAGAAGACUUCAAGAAAACUUUGAAACAGAUGCAGCAUAUGAGAUGUGUUGCUCCAGUGAAGACCCACUGCCAGAACAUGUAGAGGGACAUUCUGUGGCAUGCAAUGGCCAUUACAAAUUUGCUUUCUCAUCAAGAGCUUUCUUGAGUUUCAAGUUUGACCAUGAUGCCAUAAUGAAAAGUUUUGACCUCUGACAGCAAAAUUAUUAGGAGCAAAAAUCAGACUUGCCUGUUGCAAUUGAGGGGGUUUCUUAUCCAGCCUUACUCUUUCUCAGGACUUUUUUGUUUUAUUUUGUUUGUUUGUUUUUUAAAUGCAAUGCAGGGACUGACUGACAGUUUGGAAGGGUUUGUUCUCUUUGCAGUAUGGGAGUGGCAUAGUCAAGUGUUGCACUUUAAAUGCAGUAUAGCCUUUGUCCACAAAAGUACAAAGUACCUUUCCAGUGUUCAGUUCACUCGUUCCUAGCUGUGCGUUAGAGGGCAUUCUCUUAUCUUUGGUUGUUUGUUUUUUUUUUUUUAACUUGCUGUGUGUUUUAUAGAAUGUCAUUGACUUUUAACUGUUGGCGUAUACCAGCUUGCUAAACUUUUUACUGCUCUGAUGUAAAUUAUUGGAUUUGUUAGUCAUUAUUGUGUAGUACAUUGCAAUAUUAUGGCAGUGGCAAUGAAACUGAUUCUCAGAGGACUCCUCUGUCUUAGUGAUUUUGAAACCAAGUUGCACAUUUCGAACAGCCUCAGCCUGUCAUCCUUUCUCUGUCCUGGUUGCUUGCCCAAAGUACCUUCCCUCCUUCACACUGAUAAUUUCUGUUGGCUGGCUAUCAGUAGAACUUGGAGUCAAAUCUAUAGCAUGUUGACUUCUUGUACCUACUCUGCCUCUGUCUUCAGUAAGGAUACAUAAACUGGGUAGAACUUACCCAUUCAAAGUGUCUAGCUUCAACUCUUAUGCAUUGUCCCCAGCUGGGUAAGAAGGAGUUGCAAAGUUUUGUGUCAGCCCAGUUGCAGCUGCUUUCAAAAAAGAAAAGCUUAAACUUUGUUUGUGAGAGGUUACUUGUAUAGAAUUUAUACUGAAUGUAAAUAAGCCUCUGUAGAUCUUGCUGAGGAGGAAGGCAGGUGCAUGGAUAAUAGAGUCAUUGUGUGACACUAAACGGCUUAAUCGGGCUUGCAAUAACUAUUCUAAGGGUGUCCAGUAUUGUAUUCUGUGCUGUUGUUCUCAGAUCUCUUGUGUAGUGUAUGCUCUGUAUAUAUCCAGUAGUAUUGAAUUGCACUUGCAGUUAGCAUUUAAAUAAUGUAGCCUCAGUCGUUUUCAGCUACAACACUUUCUUAGUGAAAAUAUCAAAGAUGGGCGGGGGGGGACACACACACCAAAAAACUAGUAAGAGUUGAGGUGACAAACUGUUAAAUCACCCUCAUGAUUAAAGUUAAGGGGUUCUGAACAUGUGCUUUGCAAUUGAGAGAAAUGCACUGAAAUAAUUUGUCAUAGCAGCUUGUGGUAGCAAGCAUAUUGUCCCAGAUUUAAAAAUAGACUUUUCUCUAAAAUAAAGGUAAUUGGUAACUUCAUAGGUUGAAUGAACUACGCCCUUUUCUCAUCACAGUGUAUGCUCAUGCACUGAGUCUUUAUGCAACUCAUGUGUCAUCCAAAACCAAAAUCCUGGUCUUCCUUCAACCACCCUACUUCAUCUACCCUACCUGAUCUGUUACCUAGUGCUUUUCCUCAGAAGUAGUUUUAGAACUAUCUCCUGGUUUAUUUACCUGCCUGGCACCAGGUGAUUUGUGGUUCUAAUGCUGUAAUAAUCUUGGUGAUAGGAAUGCUGGACUUCUGCAUCAGUCAACAAGAGAAGAUGACUGCAGCAUUUCCUCCUUCUGGAAGACAAGAGUCCUGAGGGCCUUGUCCUUCAAGACCAAAUUGUGAAAUAGCUCAAUCUAGCUUUGUCUCACUUUGUUGGUUUUUUUUGUUUUUUUUUGUUUUUUUUUUUUAAAAAAAGUAUACAAAGGCCAUUCAAAACAAUACAUGUUGAAGAACAGUAAUUGAGAAGGUGGGAUAAUGCUGGAGGAGGUUAUGUUAUUCAGCUUCAGGUGAUAACUAAUCUUUAGUUACUUCUUUAGUGCAAGUAGUUGAUUUCCCAGCAAAAGUGCCUUUACUCAUGGUGAGGCAGAAGUUUGUAUUCAUAUCCUGAGGCUGCUGCUGCCUGUGGAGUUAACAGGACUCUCCUAAGGCAUGAUUAAGUAUCAGGCUGUGGAAAUCUUUAAUAAGUUGAUUUUUCAGAUAAAUUACAGUUAUAUUUCAGCUAGUUCUUUGUGAAAUAAGGGGGAUAAUGAUGAAGCAGUGAACUUGGAGCUUCUGCCAACUGUUUGGGAAAUCAUGUCCUAGGCAGAGGGAAAUCUUUAGGAUGAAGCAAGUGUGUCCUAUGAAUAGGAGUUGCUUGCUGCCCUCUGUACUCACUGGGUCAUUUUUUUCUUCUUAGUGAAUGGUUGGUCUUAGGAGAAAUGAGUUGCUUCAUUAAGCAACCCAAAGUGGGGCUUAUACAUAUGUCAUGAUUUUAGUAAAUCUAGCCUUAAUGUGAGUUGCAAAUAAAUGUGAUAAAUAUGCAAUAACUUACUUAUUUGUAUAAGGGUACUGUUUCUUGUAGUAGCGUUGCUUUCUGCUUUCUCAGUUAAGGUUUCUAAAACAAUGUAAGUGUGGUGGCAUGUGAUCUACCUUAUGGGUUCUGUCAUGCCAUGCACUGUGAACAUUUUUAAUUGUUUACUAUUGUUUAUGUUCUUAUUUCACCAUCCUUUUAUAAUUAAGUAUAUUUUUAAGUUUAGAAGUACAGUUUACAUUAUGUUCUGUAAAACAGUGAAGAAAUAACAAGUGAGAUAUAGAUUUUAGUUCUCUGAGGUUUCAUUUUGUCGGAGCUAGACACAAAGAAACAAGUAACUGCAUGUCAGAAUUGAGAGCUGGUGUCAAGAUACUUGAAAAAAAAACAUGGCUCAAUUUGAGAAUGCUUGCUUGUAAGGGGUUAAUCACAUUAUGAACGGUCAUUCAUUGUUCUUGAAAUUAAAGAACUUGUGGAAUAAACAAACAUUUAACAAAAAAAACUACAAAUGCGUGGGUGCUGGGAAUCUAGUACUAGUUUGCAGUUUCUAGUACGACACAAACUCCCUGCUUUAGUGUGAGAUUUUAGCAGCAUCUCUGCUUCACAGAAUGCUCUAAACGUUGAACUCAGACUGAAGAGUGAUCUGCCUAAUUGAACGACAUAUGUCCUGUGCUGAAAUCCUGUUAACUUCAGCUCCUCAAUGUACCUGCAUGUGUUUGAAAGUAGCUGUGUCUUACAUAGUUUGAAGUCUGGAAGCAGUGGUACUGGGAAGAAGAGGGGAAAUAGCUUUAUUUAUUGCACAAUCAAAGUAUUUUUUUAAUACAAUAUAAAUUCUUUAGACCAAACUUGCAUAAAUAGUUUCUAAUAAAAUGUUGGGCCUAGUCACUGUUCCAGGCUUCUGUGCUGUGCUCCAGCCUUCCUGAUUUAAUUCGGUGAUUUGAGAACAAUUCUUGCUGUGUUUUUCCUUCACUUAGCUGUGGCUGUUAUAAACGUAACAGUUCCUUUCAAAAACAAGGCAGGCUUUGGGUCUGGCUGUUCCUAACAGACUUGCUCUCAGAUUGUAAUUUCAGAUACAAAAUUAUUUUUUCCAACUUUUAGUUACUGUAGUAGAGUUGCUUUUGUUGGUUUGCAGUUUAUUGUCAUUCUGGUGUGAAGAGCAAGAGUCUACAGUAAGAAUCCAAGCUCUAAUAUCCUGUGGUGCAAGACAGCACUGCUGCUCCAUAGGUGACUGGCUGUCCAGUUGUUGGGUCAGUGGGCUGUUUAAUCCUCAGAUACCUGUUUUUAUAUAAGUUCUGAGCAACAGAGGUUUUUUUCAGAGGUAAAGUCAGGUGCCUUCAUCUUUUAAAUUAGGAGGCUAUACUCUAUAAAUGUGUUCCGAAGCUCAAAAUUAUUGAGAACUGAUAGAAUAGCCUCUCUUGUUGAUUUAAAAUCUGUUUAUUUACAGAAAAUAAGUCAUGCACUGUAAAUGUUAAAUAAUCUGGUGCUUAUACAUGACAUCAUUCUUUCAGAUUGCUUUUGUUAUUACAAUAUUUCAGUUUUUGAAGCAACCAAAAUGAUUUAAGAUACGGUAAAUUUCUACAAGCUAACUGAAGGUGCUUUUACAGAAAAUUAGGCUUGGAAAUGUCACUACUCUUGCAUAAUAGGUUUUUGUUCUUAUGCAUUUAUAGCAAUAGUGUAGUUCGAGAAUGAAAGUAGGCUAAAUGCUAGUAUUUGCACUGUUCUUAAUCCUGUACAUAAGCACUGAUCGAUGCAGUAGGAUUUUUGCUGUGUGUGCAUUUCACUGUUUCAAGUAGAUUGUGAACUUAAAAGGAAGACAACAUACGUAGCAAUUAUGUUUGCCAUAUUCAAGAUCAUGCAAGAGGAAGUAUUCUGGAUUAGUAGUAGUACACUAAAAUUAAAUGCUUGGAUUUUAACUUGUCUUUUCAUUGAAAAUGUUAGGUUAAGCUAGACUUGUAGAUUCAGCUUUACAGCAGCCCUUCUCUUUAACUUGUUCUCAGCUCUGGGAUACUUCUGGGAAGGAAGUAAAAGUGUCUUCAGUUCCUCCUUCAAUACUUGCAGGAGAAAAGAAGGCUUGCUUUUAAGUAAUUAUCAAAAUUUCACAGGGUACAGAAUGUUUAAAUUGGAAUAGGUCCACUAUGAAAUUUACUGAAAACACUAUUUUGCCAGUGCUAAUCACUUCUAUUGUUGAUCAAGAGAAAUAGCUUCUAGUUUUCAUUAUGGGUUACAGUUCAGUGCCUUUAAGAAAAUGAUUACAGCUCAUGCAGCGUUAAUCACUUUAAAACAAGGCAUUCAUAGCUUUUUAAGAAUAUAGAUCCUGCAAACUCAAUUCUCUACAACACGCUUCGCACUGUGAGAAAAACUUUGCAAAUUUUUUAAAGCAUGUUUGAGCAAAAUUGCUGAACUAAGGAGAUGAACCACUUGUAUCUUAGUGGUUGGGUAUAUAUUUUUGUUAUGCAGGAAAAGUAUGCAAAACUGCAUGAUUAAGAGCUCUCAGCAAAUACUUCUCAAGCCUAUACUUAAAACAGGAUACUUAAGUAACUUUACUAUGUCUGCAUGGCACUGCAGUAUGUGGAAGCUGCUCUUCAGCCCUGAGGAGCAUUUAGCUGGGUUUGCAAGGCACUUUAACAUUAGAAAGCAAAACGGACUCCCCAUAAGAAGGUGGGGUUUUGUUCAUUAAUUUUGGCAUAAUGCUAGAUUGCUGGAUGUGUUCCAGGACCCAGGCUGACUCAAGUAUUUCUGCCCAAAGAUAACACUUUUCUGUGCAGCAUUGCAUGCCUCACAGAAAAUAGGGAGCCAGUGUUCUAUUAUAUGGCUCAUUGCAUGAAGGGUUAUGUCUUCCUCCUGUUUGUUUAAAGCUUAAGAACUUGAUCUGUUUUCUUCACUGGUAUGUAAGUGGCAUAUCGGUGCUAUUUAAGUAGAAAGUACGUACAGCUAAUAGGGUUAAAACCAUGUAAAGUUACAGAUUUUAUUCAAUUUCCAUUAUGUUAUCUUGAAGAAAGUUUGCAUUAGUCAACUCAUCAAUUUUAGUAAAUAAAAUCUGUAACUACCUGUAACAUCCGUUGUACUGAUAGUUGUGAUUUUAUUUAUUAUUCACCGAUUCAGAAACUGAAGCACACCAUUUAAGAGGCUAAGACUAAACCGACAUUUUCUUCUAUACUGUAAUUUUUCUCUGCAAAAUUAAAUGACUUUAUACAUAAACUUACUGAAGUACUGAAGUAUGAAUAUAAGCAUUGCUGAUCAGUGUGAACUGUAAAGCCUGUGCUGCUGGUACAGGCUAUUCUUUCAUUGUAGAAUGUUUAAAUGUUGCCUUAAGCCAUUCAGUAGCACUGAUUAUAUAUAGUGUCAGGAAAAGAAGUAUUAUUUAGAGUCAGUUUUAAAGGUGGACAAGGGGUGCAUCGAACACAAUCGAAAGCAAAAAAAACCACACCUUUUUAAAAGGUUAUUAGAUGUACUGGAGAAAGGAAGUAUGUGAACUGCAAUCAGUG